AAUAUUUACAAAAGUUUCAAUUGUCAGAAACUUAUUUGUUUUGAAGGAUCUGUAUUAUCUGUGUCAACAAAAACGUGCUGGACAGUUUCGAAUAUUCUUCCAAAGAAUGCUGACCCAACUCAACAACAUAGAUCUGAUCAGAACAAAAUUAUUGAGAAGUUGAAAAUCAGCAGGAAGCCUGAUCUAACAUUACUUUUGCAACAUUGUACUAACGUCGGAAUAGCUGUACACGAAAGGCUGAUGAAGCAAAACGAAAUUGCCCAAAACAUAUUGCAGUCAGUAAUGAAAGAGAUAUAUGAAGAUUUAUACACAUAUGUAAAUUGUGGGGAACUAGAUAAAACUAAAGGAAGACAACUUGAAAAAUAUCCGAUAAUUUACAUUCCUGAAAUUAAACAAAUGGUUUUAGCGUCAACGAUAGUUAUCAACUGUAGGGACGAGGAAGAAAUACACCCAUUUCUGAACAAGUGCCCAGAUAUUUACAUACAGUAUAAACAAUUAUUUCUUUUACUUGGAGCUAUGAAAGAAGUGUCUUGUGAUGCUUAUGCAUCCGUCUUGUUUUCACUCAGUAAAGUGUGUCGUUCCUCAAGUCUCCUCCUUCCACAAGAAAAAUCUGAUGCUAUAAAGGCAAUGGUAUACUUUUUUAAAUUUCUCACUCAACAACCGCAUGAAGCAAACAUUAACAAAAAUCACACAUUUAUGCUAAGUGAGAAUUUUACGUUGGAAGAUGCUAGAAAUCUCAUUGUAAAGAAUAAUCCAUAUUUUCAGAAGCAGCUUGAGAAGGCUUCAAAUUUACCAUGUUUGUUUCUUAUAGGAUUUGAAAAAUUGCAAGGACAAAACUUAAAAAAGGAAAACUGUAUAGACGGUUUGCAACUUUUGCCUAUUAGAAACAGACCAUACCUGUUGACAGACAUUGUACGAGAGCAUGUAGUACUAGAAAAUAUUGUGUUUAAAGAUGGCAGAGUUUCUCGACAACUUGACUAUUUUAUUCAUUCUAGCCGAUUCAUUCACGGAUUUCUUCGGCUGAUAAGACAUUCAUGGAGGACUGAAGGCCGAAUGUGGACAUCCACAGAAGAGGUGCGUUUAGUUAAUCACUUGGGGAACAUAACAUUUCGACAUGCUACUGGUAUAGAGACAUUACUUGCAAUAAGACCUGUAGAAAAUGGGAUACUAUUGAAUGAACAGCUUGUUGAAAAUACUAAUGAAGCAAGAAAUGUACAUCUGGAACAAAAUGAAAACAACAUUUGUGUUUUCUUUGAUUCUAUAGAUGACACAUGGUUUGAAGAUGUAAAAACGAAACUCACAGUACAUCUAAACGGCAUUGUUGAUAAAUGUCUCAAAGACCAAAAUCUUAUGCGCCUUAGAGAAAUCAUUGGUAUGAAGGAUUCGCCAGACCGAAUAGGUUGGUACCUCAGCAAAGAGAAAAUUGAAGAAUACGGUUCACCUGUCGAUAUACAAGAGGCGGUUUCUUAUCCGAAGCCAGGGACGUUUGUCCCAAAAGAGUUAUAUCCUUUCCUUGAUAACAGUUAUGGCGAGAUACAUGAAUAUGAAUACAAAUUUGUAGCUCUGGAAAUAGAGGAUCCAGCCUUUGAUGAUUACACUGAGGGAGAUACAGCUGAAGAUAUUGAAACGGAUUUAGAUCCUACAUAUAUCUUUGUGCAUGUAGUCAGACAAGUAGACUCCGAUGUUAAGAUUCCACUUUUCCAAGAGUAUGAAAUAGAUGAUGGAACCGAAAAUCUACACAUAGUAAAGGCUUAUCAGCUUUUUAAAUUUAUUCGCAAAAAGAUAAAACAAACUGAAAAGAAGAAACAUAGUGAAAAGAAGGAACUUGAUGUUGAAACGCAACUUAUGAUUUAUGUUCGAAACAAACCGGAGGACGAGGUAAAAGAUCAUUUGAAGUCGCAGUCUUUAAAAGCAACAUUUAGCGAAAUCAAAUUAUGCCUGCAGAAAGCCUGGAAGCAACCAGAGGUACAGAAAAGAAAAAUUGUUAAACGACUGCUACUAAUGUGGCAUCCUGAUAAAAACCACGGCAACGAAUUAUUUUGCACUAAGGUUUUUCAGUAUAUACAACAGUGUAUUCGUCGCCUAGAAAAUGGCUUAAAUCUAAUUGAUACCGACGAGGAUGAAAGCGGUCGAUCAAGUGACAGAAAUUCCGAUUCUAGAUCGUCUGAAGAUUUCUGGUCUUCUUCGUGGUUUGGGCGUUUUUGGGAAAGGCAUGAAACGGGAAGACAAUAUCAUGAGCAACGUUACAGAAAUAGGUCCUACGAUGAAUUUGAUGGCGGUUGGAACGCUAGAGGAACUUUCUUUGCAGAACCAGAAUCAAAGCCCUUCCAUUACCAUGCAGAGGCACGGCGUUGGCUGAAACAAGCGAAAUCUGAUUUGGACAACAGCACAUUAUCUCUGCAAAGAAAACCGAAUAAUUCGUUCAACUGGGUCUGCUACAUGGCACAUCAGGCUGCUGAAAAAUCUAUGAAAGCCGCAUGGUACGCCAAGGAUGCCAACAAAAUACAUACAGUUAGAUACAGUCACAAUUUGAAUAGCAUCGCUUCUGGACUUGGGUCAGGUAUAGAAUCUCUAGCAAGAAGUUUGACCAGUUUGACAGGGGAACAUACGAGAAUGAGAUAUCCAGACGCAUUUUGUGGACAACGAGUGCCUGAAGAAGCAUUCAACAGACAAAUAGCUGAGACAGUUGUAUCAGUUGCUAAACAAAUAAUAGACACUGUUCAGAGCAAUUACAUCAGAUAAAUACUUUACAUUUAUAUACGCCGUAAAUGUGGAAGGGUGCAGGAGUAAUUGUUAAUUUUAUAUCUAAUCAAUAACAUUGAAUAUAGCGCAAAAAAAGGAAAAUUAUUAUUUUAAUGUGUUUUAUACCUCCAGUAUCGAUGUACUUCAAAUCAUGCUUAUUUGCGCGGAGAUGGAAAUAGAUAAAUUUUUAUGUUUGUUAUUUGAAUUUUUAUUCACAGUAAUAGGGCACACGCAUUAUUAGUCAUUUGUGUGUGUUUUUCUUCAUUUGAGCUAUAAACAGGUAAAACUGUGGACAUGUUUUCUUCUCUUGAGUUAAAUAGGAGUAUAUGCAUUUGUAUAUUAAUAGUAAUUAUAGGACUGGCUUUGUCCAUUUGACUUUAAAAGUAGUAUUGUAUUAGCAGUGUUUGUUGGUAUUUUUGUCCAAUUGUGUAGGAACAUGUUUAUAAAAAGCAUUUUUAUAUGUAUCUUUAUUUAUUAAACAUUUAUAGGUGCAUGUAUGUAAGUUGCACAUGUAUGUAUAUCUUUAUUCAUAAGACAUUUAUAAGAGCAUGUGUAUAAAAAAAGCAAUUUUAUCUGUUUUGUUAUUUAUAUAAUUUGUGUAGGAAAUGUAUAUAACAAGCAACUGUAUAUAUAUAUAUAUAUCUAUAGGCAAAUAACUUUUAUAGGGACAUGUAUAUAAGAAGCACUUGUAUGUGUAUCUUUAUUCUUAAGACUUUUGUAGGAGCCUGUAUAUAAAAAGCAGUUGUAUAUGUAGUUUUAUUCAUAUGACUUGUGUAGGAAAAAUAUCUAAAUAUCAUUUGUAUAUCUAUCUUUAUUCAUAUGACUUUUAUAGGAACAUGUAUAUAAAUAGAAAAAAUGGAAAACCAUCAGUCGCCCAAUACGACAUAUAUGUAAAUAUUGCAGGCUCAGUUUGACUGAACCAGUUGUUGGGCGGUAGUUGAAACCAGCCCCAAGUUGAGCAGAACUCAACAUUUACACAUCUUACAAGUACCGAAAUUUAAACACCGUAGGUGGCUUCAUACGGCGGUGUACAUUGAACUUCAAUGAUAAACAGUAGCAAUUCUAUGAAAAUCGACGCAUGUCUGCAGUUAAAAUAAUGGGCUUGUCCUAAACGAGAGAACAGUGGAUGUGAAAUUUAGAGAGGGGAUCUGAGGUUAUGGAGCCUGCAACACUUGUAUUUAUAUUUUCAUUCAUGAUUGUUAUAGGAACAUGUAUAUAAGAAUCACUUGUAUCUGUAUCUUUAUUCAAAUAAGUUUUAUUAAGCAUGUUUAUAAAAGGCUAUUGUAUACUAGUAUGUAUUUUAUUCAGCUGUCUUGUAUAUAACCACCAAGUGUUGUGCAUUUUGUUUAUAGACUUUUAUAGGAAACGUGUUAUAAAUAGCAAUUAUAUAUAUGUUUAUUCAUAAGUCUUUUAGAAACGUGUGUAUAAAUAGAAAUUGUUCACAUAUACGAACAUGUACUAGAAGCAUCUGCAUGUGUAUUUUAUUCAUGUAAUUUUGUAUGAACAUGUAUAUAAGGAGCAAUUAUAUGUUUAUUUAUAUUCAAUUUACUAGUGAAGGAACGUGUAUAUAUAGCAGUUGUGUAUGCUCUUUUAUAUACAUGACUUGUAAAGGAGCAUGUGUUUUACAAGUGUAGAAACACUUAAAUCAUAAGGAAUUGUUAGAAUUGUUUUUAUUCAUUUGUACGUUUUAUUAGUUACUUGUGUAGGUAGUUUUAUCCUAAAUGUAUCACUAAAACAAUCUGUAAAUCAAGAACUGGUUUCGCGCUAUUUAAGUUAACGACUUUCGAAAUCGGUGUGUCUUCGCAAAAUUUUGUAGUCGCAAAACUACCACCUACCGGGAAAACGCGGAUGUUUGUAGUUCUCAUUGGUAGUCAGCUACAAGGCUUCUCCACGAGAUACGCAUGUAUGUAUAAUCAGUUUCAUUUAGAUAUAUAAUGUACAUACUUAUUAAAUAAAUCCAAUAAGGUUUUGAUAAAUGCAGCAGUAGUAAAUUUUGAUAUGCAUGUGAAAACCAAAAUGACGGCAUAUGUAGAAGUAACUGUCGGAAAGUCGGUCAGGGUUUGCAGUUUUAUCUCUUGUCACUUCGUCGUAAAGUUUAAAUGAUUCCUUUUUAUUUUUACACCCGACUUUGCAGAAUGGAUUGAAGCGUCAACUUCACUAGUCGAUGGAUGAUAUGAUCAACAGGAUCAUCUUUUUAACUAUUCGUAUUUUCAUCCAUUUUUGUCGGCAUAAAAAAUUCCGUAAAGCCAUAUUGGACUGAUUUCAUAUACACCCGUAUAUACAGUGAUUUAUGAUUGUAUUGGUAUUUCAUUAGUUUGGCUUACAUAUUUAAUGAGAAAGAAAAUGGGAACGAUAUAUCGUCAAAUAUCGGAAAAAAGACGACGCCUUUUGUUUUGGGAAUGAGGAAUUGCCUAAAUUUUAUCAAUGUCAAAUUUUGGAGACACUUUUCAAAUGUUUAAAAUGAAAGUAUUGAAUAAACUUGCUACAUCUUUCAUAUUAUCAAUGUUUAAUGUAUGUGCAAAUAUAUUUAGUUUGUUGACAUAUCAUGGUUUGGACACAUUUUUGGAGCUGCAGUUCAUAGUUUGAAUUUAAAAUUAUAUACUACUAAACCGUGGUUUCAGAUAUCGCGGGCUUAGCGCAAAACGGUUGUAACUUAUAUGAAAUAAAGAAGAAGUUACAACCGUUUUGCGAUAAGCCCGUGAUAUGCGUUUUAAAGACAUAUGCGGAUGUCUCUAAAUUGCUUUUUGUACUUUUAGCAUGUGUAAAUGUUGAAUUCUGCUCAACCCAGGGCUAGAGGGCGUGGACGGUAGCAUGCAUUUCCACUACCGUCCAUGAACAGGCUCAAUCAAACCGAGCCUGCACCAUUUUCGUUUUUGUCGUGUUUAGCGACCUGUGAAGUUUCUACUUUUUCUAUUGAAUUACAUGUUUUGUAAAUAAGAUUGCAUACAGAUGUUAGUAAAAUAAGGUAUCUUGUGUAGGUAUAUACGAAUGUAUUUACCAUUACUUACUUUUUUGUAAUAAGAACCUGUAUUUUGAACUUGAUAUUCUAUUUAUAUAUAUUCAGCAUCAUGGGAUUUUCGUCAUUUUUUCCAGUCAUACUAAUGAACUUUUAAAUUUACAUUAAAUUUUGUAGUUUUAAGUCCAUUUGUUGGCGUGUUUUAUGUAACUUACGCGAUGUCUUAUAUAAUAUAUUAGCAACGUGUAAAUUUGAAAAAAGGGAUGAUUUUUUUUAACGGGAACGAUUUGCACAGGAAAUAAAAUGAUCAGUUCAAAACUAAUUACCAUGUCUUUGGGAUAUACUAGUGUGAAUAAAUCAUACCUAAUUACACACAAUCUUAUUGUGUUAUUGUUUUUAGUUUUUAGUUUAAUAUAUACAGAUAACAGUUAGCAUAAAUAUAUUUAAAGCUUCAUGGAUAGGCUAUGAAUUAAUUUGAUAUUUUUCAAAGUCAUCAAACUUUCAAAACAUAUUAACAACUUUGACAUGAAAAGAGCGGGGUUUAGUGUCCCUUGCCAACUUUGACUUGAAAUUAUUUUGUAAGAAUGUAAUUUUGUAAGGGGCGAAAUUUAUAAAUAUGAUUUUUUCUUAUCAUAGACCAUAAGGGGGGUCGGCGAUAGUAAGAGAUGAGAGGGACUAGGUGCCCUGCAUUUCCUUAGUGAGAAAUAUUUUGUAAUAAUGUAAUUUUGUAAGAGGAGAAAUAUGAAUAUAUGAAAUUUCAUCAUAGAUAAUAAAAGAAUGGGACUAUACGGGGAAAUAGGAGUUAGUAAGACACGAGGCUGAGACCGCGGUAUUAUUUUGUAAUAGUGUUAUUUUUAAGUGGAGAAUUUCAAAAUAAUUUGGGAAAAUAUGAAAAUUAAUCAUAGGUCAUAAAAAGGGCAACAUACCGGAAAUAGGAUGAUUGUAAAGGAUGAAAAGGAGGUAGUCCGCGGUAUUGUGGCACUCAGAAUUGUUUUAUAAGUCUCGAUCAUUGCUCACACUAGGGGAAGAUCAAAACAGGGAAAUUCAAUGUGGUGCACGUCUCCUCUUGUCUCCAUCGAUGUAUAGACAUACUUAAAAUGCUAUACCGAUUCAGACUCGUGACGGAUGGGCUUUUACAACUUGCCAUUAUUAUUUCUAAUUUCAAAGUCCAUUGUAAGUAAUUCUUACAACAUGCGCGCUUCUGGCGAACUGGACAGAAAAUGAGACAUAUCUACUGUUUGUAAUAAUAAAGAUAAUGUUCUCAUUUUGUCUUUACAUCUAACUUUGUUAUAUUAAUAUUAGAUGCAAGGUGUUCUUAAUGUACAUAUUUAGUUAUAGCUGAUCUUGUUAAAUUUUGAAAGACGGUUUUGAGUUGCAUAUUGUUUAUAAAAAGUGUGUGUUUGCAUGAUACAUUGAAAGUAAGUUUAAAGAGAAAUGUUUGUGAAACUGCAAUGGUGUCAAGCUGUUAAUAAAAUUGUUAUACUUACUAUAUAAGUAAAUUUAUAUCUGAAAAUUAUAUUUUUGUUAAGCAUAUAUUUUUUUCUCCAUUUUCCCACUCUAGUCCAAACAAAAACCUGCCAUUCUACAACCAGUACAGAUAAAAUAUUAUCUUUAAAGUUGUUGCAUACAUAAUGUUUAGCGAUGAGAAAAAUAUCAUUUGAUAGAUGUUCCGAAUAACGUUCUGAAAAUAUGGGUUAUAUUGUUUUAUAUAAUGCUCUCAUAUUUUUGUUGUAGUGAUAUACUUUAUCAUAACUUCUUUUAAUAUAUUACACAUUUUGUUUGUAUAUUGUACACGAAAUACUAUGUAUUGUUGUUUUUUCUGCUGGUAUUAGUGUACAAAAGAUAUAUUUAUGCUUCGUUUGGCCAUUUUGUGUCGUUUAUCACGAGGAUAAACUUCAAAUCCGGUGGAUUUUCUCGACCAGAUAUGUCAAACAUUGUCAUACUUGAUUUUGUAGUAUUUACUCGGUUUUGAUUUGGUAUCAUUUUAUGAUUAUUUUAUUAAAGCCUUAACAAAGCUCAGUUAUCAAUGUAUUAAUGAGUAAUGUAGACAGUUGAGUUUUCUCUAUACAAGCUCCUAAUCAUUUGUUGGCUGUUGCUGUUAAUAUAAACGAAUGUUAUAUCAAAUGAUAUGAAAUAAUUUAAGUGCAAUAUUACAUUAGGGACUACAAACCAGCACUCGCAUUCUAAUAUAGGUCCGCAUUCUACGGUUCCCUUCUUACAAAUAAUCUAAUAUACACAUAUAAUUAGGUUAUUUAAGUAUCAGCCGGACACCUUUCAGAUUAACUUUGGGCUCAGGAAAGCACCAUAAAAUAUUUUUUCUUUUACAGCCAGCUGUUUCCUGUCAUGGCAGGGAGACGCUAUCAGCUGUUUGGUUUACCCAAAUUUUAGUGUUCAGUAUAUGCUUGCUGACGUUAUACUUUAUUCUAGUGUUUUAUUCAUUCUUAAAGAGAAUUCCUAUAGAUUUUUUGCUUUCAUAGAUUUUUUUCAAAUUCACAUAUAUGAUAGGAAUAUUUGUGCUGAAAACAAUGAACAAAUAAAAACAAUGGGUCACCAGGCUUGUUUUAGUGAAAAAUUGUUUUGAAUACACCCACUGUUGCUGAAACUGCCAGCGAUUUUUCAACAUUUUCAUAAUUUUCUGCUUUUUCUAUCAAUAACAACCAAAAUAUAUAUCAAGACAGCACAAUAAGGUUUAUUCUUUUUACAGAUUUUAUUAUAUACUUAUUUGAUAUCAUAGUCAUAUUUGUAAUACUAUAUCCUUACAAUAAUGGGUACAAAUGAAAAAAAAAAUCUUGUUUCAUAUUCACUUUUGUGAACUUUUUUCAAUGAAAAAUACCCAUAGUGAAGAAUAUUUUUUUUAAUUUUGAAAAACUGUUUCAUAGAAUUUUUUCCUGUUUUUCUUGUGUAUAAAUAAUUGUAUUGUGAGCAUAAAAAUAGCUAAAAAUAGCUAAAAAUGUAUGGGUCACCAGGCUAAAUUUUAUGUUAAGACAGCUUGAAUACAAUACCUGUUCGGACGAAAAUUGGCGCGAACCGGACCAAAUUGAUUACAUGUAUAUCUGCUAGAAGUUAAAAAAAGUUUUAAAAAUUCUUAAUUCUUUCUAUAAUUGAAUACUAAAUAAUCUGAAAGGUGAUAUUGUCUUACAUUAUAUGAACAACAAUGUCUUUGUACUAAAAUGCGAUGUGAAAACACAACCACAAAAAUGGCAAGAUACCUGUCAGACAUGAUACUUGUCAAUACAACAUAAACCAGUAUCAACAUUUGAUUACUGAUAAAACUUAUCAAUAAUAUUAUUUCAUUCAAGAGUCCUCAUAUUUAAGUUUGUCUGUCACAUGUUUCAACAAAUGUUGACUUCACUUCAGUUUUCCAUAGAAAGUGUCGGCUGCACAGAAAGAUGCGCAUAAAAAACUACAGGAAUUCCCUUUAAUUAAAUUAUUUUACUUACAUGGUUACUGCAGUCAAGCAAACCUCUAAAUAAGGUUGUAUUUUUAUGUUUAUAUAUUUCUGUUUUGUUUAACAGCUGGCGUUGUUUAUCGUCUCGGCCAGAUAUGUUCCACAUUUCAUAGACUACUUGAUCAUAUUAUAUUUACUCUCUGUUUUAUGCUUACUGUUUGAUGGCUUGACAAAGCCCAGUUAUCAGUCUAGUAAUGAAGUUGCAUUUUCUCCAUAUAAGCAUCUAAUGAACAUUUGAUAGUUGUCGCUAUUAUCAUAAAUAUACACGAAAGACCUUGCCAUAUUAUUUUAGUUUUAAGUAGGCGCUGUAUAGUAUGACACACUUAUGUGAUCUUUCUCGUGAUUAUUGCCUGGAUGGCCACUUAAUUAAGAUUAUAUUUGGGAUUAUCUGUCUUACAUCAUAUUUAUGGUUCAAUGCUUAGCUUUACACUUAUUUAUUACAUUGGAUAUAACUUUCACAAGUUAACAAAAUAAGUUAAAACUAUAUUCAUUACGUUGAAAGAAAAUCUUUUAGAAAUAUGGAAAGUAUUUUAUAUGUAUUAUUAAAAACACACGUGCUUCAGCAAACAUAUUGUAAACAUAUAAAUCUUCAUUGCUAUUUUGUGUCUGUGUUCUUAUAUCUAAAUUUCAUUAUGAGGAAGAUUUGUGGGUGUUUCUUAAAAAUUGUAUCUCCGCCUGUUCGAAUGAUGCUUUUGUUUUCCCUCAUAUAUAAGCUUAUUCUAGAUUAUAUUAUCAAGAUUUAAAUUGAAUUUUGAUUUGUUAUGUCUUUACACUGGUGUUAACCAUCACGUAGAAGAAUUCAAAUUGAAUUAUUUUCAAUACAUGUUAGCGUAGUUUUGAUUGAAAUAAGUUCAACUUUUGAACAAAUGAUUUCUUGAAACUACAAUAUUGAACAUAAUUGUAUUAACGCGUAUUUCAUAUUAUUACGCCAUAACAUUAACGAAAUAUUUCUUACUUGAGAAAUAAUAUGUUUAAACAUUUACAGGUCAUUAAUUCAAAUCUUUUAGUUUACAUUUGUUGUUGUUAUGAACUUAAUUUCAUUUUGUCAAAAUGCCAAAAAUUUAUACUGGUAAAAUGUUAACUGUUAUGAAACACUUUUUGUUUCCGUUGGGUAAAAAGUUUGUUUUGCAAGCAGAAAUUAUAGGAAUGAAAUUUACUUUUCAUUUAUGUAUUAUUUAGUAAGAAAUUGUAUAAUGCCUUUUAGAAAUAUUAAGCAUUAUAAACUGUAUCAAUUUGGAAUAUAAUUAUGUAUACGUUUUAAUCAAUGUAAAUUCAAAUCCAAAAUUAUCAUCUUGCUUCGAUGAUCCUUGGUAAUUAUGAUAAACAUGGAAAUAAACCAUAUUAAUACUUUUU